AUGCGCGGAAAUCCUGAGAAGGUCCUCGCCGCCAUAGAUGAGUUCGGGGAGACAAAGAAAUACCUCAUGAACGUAGGUAAAUUCAAAGCCAAGAUCAUAAUCGACUUGAUUGCCAAAGUGAAGCCAAAGGUUAUGGUAGAGCUUGGCGGAUACGUCGGCUACUCUGCGAUUGCCUUUGGUGCUGGUCUACGAGCAUCAGGGGGUGAGCAAUACCUAAGCCUGGAAAUGAAUCCAGAAUUCGGCGCCGUUAUUGAUAGCCUUGUGGACCUAGCUGGUCUGCGAGACAUUGUGAAGGUUGAGGUUGGCAAGAGCUCCGCAUCCCUUCGUAGGCUCUUCUCCAAAGGCCAUCUGAAGCGUAUUGACCUACUCUUCCUCGAUCAUUACAAGCCGGCCUACACUCCAGAUUUGAAACUCUGUGAGGAGCUCGAUCUUGUGGGCGCUGGGUCUGUAAUUGCCGCAGAUAACGUUGUUAAACCGGGCAAUCCGCCGUAUCUUAAAUAUGUUAGGAGCACAAUUGACGAGAAGAGAAGAAGCACUCAAGCCUUUUCAAAGAUGGUCAAGAACGAUUUCGACAAUAACCAUGAAAAUGUUCCCGAGGGCGAUCAAGAUGCCAAUUCGCGGGAUGAUCUGAUAAAUGGCAAUCCAAAUUUGAUAUACGAAAGCAAAUUCGUAGAAGGGUGGGAGCCGAGUGGUGUUGCUUGGAAAUCACUCGAUGUAGUCUUGAACAAGAUCAGAACUUCGGAUGAGUGCCUAGAACUAGUUACUCAUUCAUACUAA